AUGGCCUCACCUGUUUGGCUGCACUUCCUAACACUUUUAGCUUCUUUCAGCAUAAUGAAGGAUUCUGACUUUUCUUUCUGCAACGCUGAGCCAACUGAUGGAUUUGUUCCUUUGCAGUUAUCUGAUGCCAAUUUAGAGCUGCAGAAGCCAUAUAAUGUUCCUUUAGCAGAUCGCUAUAGUUAUGUUAAUGGUGUACAUCGUCUGUGGGUGUACUCCACUGACAAGCCAUUCAAAGCUGGAAGUCCAACAGAUCCUCGAACCGAGAUUCGUAUCAAAGGCUAUGAUUAUUCUAGCGGAAUAUGGCAGUUUGAGGGGUAUGUUUUUGUGCCAAGUGGAACAAGUGGCACAUCUAUAAUGCAAGUUCAUCGAGCAGAUGGAGAGAAACCGGCUACGGACUUGAUGCUUAUGAUUUUUAAUGGAGAAUUGAGGUUCUACUCUGGAGAAGUUGUGGAGUCUAAUUUUUAUGAUAGAUGGGUGAGAGUGAAUGUCGUGCAUGAUGUUGAUGCUAACAAGUUGACUACUUUUAUUAAUGGUGUUAAAAAGCUUGAAGUAGAUGGAAAAGGCACAAGUGACUUUUAUUUCAAAUGUGGUGUUUAUGCACAACAUGAUGAUAGCUAUUAUAUGGAAUCAAGAUGGAGGGAUAUCAAAAUUUACAAGAAGGAUGGGUGA